AUCAAAUUCGAGUCAGACGAAGAAAACUUGUCAGAUUUUGUAAAUAAUUUUUCCAAGGUAUAGCGCAUGUUCAUUUACUUACGUUGUCAAGGAAACUUAUCCCCUCUAUUUUGUUUAAAAAAUACUCUAAAACCUGUCCUAAAUGUUAGAUAUUUUUACUGUUUUUUACUACAUUUAUUAAUAAAAUAAAAUAAAAAAGAACAAUCUCUACGUAUCUUUCUAACAUGAGUAGAAAUGUAAAUAAUGAAAAUUGUAAUCUUCAAGACUUAGAUCUCGUCGGUAUAAUUUCAUUCGAUGGAAUUACCAAAAACAGUUUACACGUGCAUCCAGAUGAAGAGUACAUUUUAUUUCCAAUGGGUAAUAAAGUUACUAUUAAAAACAUAUCUUCAGGCCAUCAAUCUUUUUUGUCUGGACAUUCCAAUUUAAUAUCAGCUUUAUGUAUAUCUCCCUGUGGAAAAUUCGUAGCCUCCGGGCAAAUAAAUCAUUUGGGAUUCAAAGCGAUGGUUAUUGUAUGGGACUAUGAGAAGAAACUGAUGAAAAGUAGUUACGAGAUUCAUAAAGUCAGAGUUGAAGACUUAUGCUUUUCAUCUGAAAGUAAUUAUUUGAUCAGUCUUGGAGGUCGUGACGACGGGAACGUUGUCAUUUGGAAUGUUCAUAAGAACGAGGCAAUUUGUGGAUCAUAUGCAAGUACUGAAAUAGCUGGCAGUGUUUGGACCAUAAAACGGACAAAUAUGCGUGAUCAAUGUUUCAUGAGUGCUGGUGAAAAUACUAUUAAAGUAUGGAGAAUUAAUCCAGAAACUCGCAAACUUAAUGGAAUAAACGUUAAAGUUGGCAAAAUAAAACGCAGCAUAAAUUGUAUUGUAAUUGAUGAUAGAGAUGAAAUUGCUUAUUGUGGAACUGCAUCGGGCGAUAUCAUUAAGACAAGAUUAAAUUAUUAUCACAAUAUGGAACACAUGGAACCAGUGCAAACUCCUAUUAUGAUUGGAUGUUACUCGAAAAUCCCUAAAGAUUCAAAAAAAUUGAAAGAUGGAAUAGGAGAUCUUUAUCCUGGUGGAGUAACAGCCCUUUUGCUUUUGAAUGAAGAAAAAAUAUUAGUUGGCUCUGGAGGAGGAAAUGUUGAAACUAUUAAAAUUCUAGAUACUACUUUAAAUUUUAGAAAAUGUGUUAAACUACCAAGUACACCUCAGAUUCAAAUACUUCAAGCCGAAAACGUUGGUAGUGCAGUGUCUUCAAUGGUUUUAUAUAAAAACGAUUAUGUACUUAUUGGAACUACCUUAUGUGAGAUUUACCAGAUAAAAUUGAAUGAUUUCAAUAUGCGUCUUCUUAUUUCUUGCCAUACAAAUACAAUAUAUAGUAUUGCUUUUCCUCCUAACUACUCUGAAAUUUUUGCUACAAGUAGUAAAGAUGAUAUCAGGUUGUGGAGAGUUGAAACACAAAAGGAAUUACUCAGAAUCACAAUUUCGAAUUUUGUAUGCUCGAAUCUUUGUUUUAGCUACGAUGGAAAAAUGAUAAUAUCUGCGUGGAAUGAUGGAAUCAUAAGAGCUUUUGCUCCACAGACAGGAAAAUUAUUAUUUGCAAUUCACAAUGCUCACCUCAAAUCCGUAUCAGCGGUUGUUAUUACGAAAAACGGAAAGAAGAUUGUCAGUGCUGGAUGUGAUGGACAAAUAAGAAUUUGGGAUAUAAAACCGGACGUUCAAAGACUUGUUUGUAUUUUAAAAGAGCACAGAGGGCCAGUGACAUCUUUGCACAUUUCUGAAAACGAUGAACAGGUCAUUAGUUCAAGUGUGGAUGGAACCUGCGUUAUAUGGGAUAUUGUACAAUGUACAAGAAAGAAAGUUUUAAUGGGUAACACAAUGUACAUGGCAGCAUGUUUUAGUCCAAACAAUGUUCAAGUUUUAACUUGUGGAACUGAUCGUCUAAUUGGCUACUGGGAAACUUUGAAUGCUUCUCUCAUUCGAGAAGUUGAAGGUUCUGGAAUUGGAGCCCUCAAUUGCAUAGAUAUCAGUGGAGAUUGUCGACAUUUUGUCACUGGUUCAAAUGACAGCAUUGUCAAAUUAUGGCACUAUCAAAAUGGUGAAAUCUCUCAUAUUGGCCUUGGUCAUGCUGCUAUAAUUACUGGAAUUAAAUUUAGUCCAGAUGCCAAGUAUAUUGUGUCUGUCAGUGCUGAUGGAGCAAUAAUAAUUUGGAAAUGCCCUUUCCAAUUCAAUAUAAAUGAAGAAGUGAAAGAAAGCAGCAGAUCGAGUUCGACCUGCAGCAUCCGAGAAGAAGAGUUUAAUAAAUUACGUUUAAAAGAAUUGAAAGAUGACGAGGAAAGUGUUUCACCAUUUACCUCACGUUUAGAUACUGCAACAAGCAUUAAAGCAUUUCAUAACGGUGAUAAUAUUGUAGUGCAUAAUAAAUGUCAUCAAAUGAAAUUUCCUCAAACAGUUUGCGAAUGUAAGCAAGAAGAAUCAUUUCAAGCAAAACUCUCCACAAAAUCUUCAUCUGUCACCUCGCGCUCUUAUACAAGUACAUUAUUCUCAAAGAAAAGUGACAAUGAGUUCUAAAAUAAUUUAGUUUGUAAAUCUAUUCAAUCAGAAUAAUUAGAAUUGUCAGAAAAGUAAGUUUUUCCUAUAAAAACCAGAAUAAAUUCUUUAUACACACUCAAAAGUGCUUCUAAUUUGAUAGGAAAUCAGUGAGAAACUAUAACGUAAUAUUCCAAAUUAUCUACUCAAACAGGAAUAUUAUAUAUUGAUCAGUUGAAACUAUUCACUUAGAACAAAUGAAAAUCUUAAUCUUUCAUCGAAAACUCUCGUUUAUUUAGAAAAUUUUCUCCUGAAACAUACAUUACUCUCGCUUAGACGCCAACCUCUUGUCUCUUUCUUCGGCAAUCGUGAGCUUCACUCCC